AACAUAUCCCGCGCUACGAAUGAGGCUGUUUAAAUCAUAGGAAACAGGUAGUGGAAACAUCCUUGUAUUUGCUUUCUCAGGUUGAGUUAACUUUAGUAAGAUGGCAAGCGAUAUUAUCCUAAACUGCGUGCUCGGUGGUCUAAUUCUUGUGUCAUGCCAAUGCCAAGCUAUGACUGCUUCCUUGAGGUUAAGAGGACCUUUGAGUGAAAAUGGAACCGGUCGUGUUGAGGUCUUUUACAAUGGAACCUGGGGGACGAUUUGUGACGACGGUUGGGAUAUAAAUGAUGCCAGGGUUGCAUGUCGUCAACUUGGUUAUGAAGAGGCUGUUAGACCUCUCAAUGCGGAUGCUUGGCAGGUUCCCUCUGGAUCUGGAAAUAUUUGGUUAGGUCACGUGGAUUGUACCGGAAAAGAAGAAAGUUUGGCGAACUGUUCCCAUGCGGGAUGGGAUCACAAUGCUUAUUGCAAUCACUUAGAAGAUGCUGGUGUAGAAUGUAGAACAGUCAGGUUACAAGGACCAUCGAGUGCAAAUGGAACAGGUCGUGUUGAAGUAUUUUACAAUGGACAGUGGGGAACAAUUUGUGAUGAUGGAUGGGAUAUGAGAGAUGCUAAGGUUGUGUGUCGCCAACUUGGUUAUCAGGAUGCCUUCAAAUCUCUUGACGAGAUUCCUUCUGGGUCUGGGCCUAUAUGGUUAGAUAACGUCGAUUGUACUGGGGGAGAAGAAAGUCUUGAAAAAUGUCCUCAUUCAGAAUGGGGAAGCCAUGAUUGCACUCACUCUGAAGACGUUGGAGUGGAAUGUAGAACGGCAGGCGAGAGUCUACCACUGAGAUUACAAGGGCCGCUGAGUGUCAAUGGUACCGGACGUGUUGAAGUAUUUUACAAUGGAAUCUGGGGAACAAUUUGCGAUGAUGGAUGGAGUAUGGAGGACGCUAGAGUUGCAUGCCGCCAACUUGGUUAUUCGGAUGCUGUCAGAAAUCUUCUUGGUGGACAAGUUGCACCCGGUUCAGGACCUAUAUGGCUAGAUGUGAUCGCCUGCACUGGGGAAGAGCAAAAUAUAGCAAGUUGUUCUCAUAAUGGUUUGGGAAAUCAUGAUUGUUCACAUUCCGAAGACGCUGGAGUGGAAUGUAGUACAACAGUUCUUUCAGAUAAGCCUGUGGCCGUGCAAGUGAGGUUACAAGGACCCCUGCGUGAAUAUGGUACUGGCCGUGUUGAAGUGUUCCACGAUGGACAAUGGGGUUCAAUCUGCGAUGAUGGAUGGAAUAUAAAGAAUGCGAGGGUUGUAUGUCGUCAACUUGGUUAUUUGGAUGCAGCGCAAUCACUUCAGGGAAAGCCGGCCGUUCUUUUCGAUCCUGGACCUAUAUGGUUAGAUGACGUCACUUGUUCCGGGGAUGAAGAAAAUAUAGCAAGCUGUUCUCAUCGCGGAUGGGGAAGACACGAUUGCUCACAUUUUGAAGACGCUGGAGUAAAAUGUAUAAAAAAUGCAAAUAAACCAGGGUCUUUGAGGUUACAAGGGCCUUUAAGUGAAGACGGAGAAGGUCGUGUCGAGAUUUUCCACGAUGGACAGUGGGGGAUGAUCUGUGAUAAGGGAUGGAAUUUCAAAAAUGCCAAAGUCACAUGUCGUCAACUCGGUUACGCUGAUGCAGUCAGAUCUCUUCAUUACGUUCAGGUUCCUUCCAGUGCUGGGGUUGUAUGGUUAUCUAACGUCAAUUGCGAUGGUGCAGAACAAAAUAUUACCAGUUGUUCUCACGGAAGCUGGGGACAGCAUUCUUGCAGCUAUAUCGAAAACGUCGGAGUAGAGUGUAGUACAACAGUUAUUGAAGACAAACCUGUGACACUGAGGUUACAAGGACCAUUGAGCGCUAAUGGAACAGGUCGGGUUGAAGUACUUUACAAUGGGAAAUGGGGGACAAUCUGUGAUGAUGAUUGGGAUAUAAACGAAGCUCGAGCUGUAUGUCAACAACUUGGUUAUCCAGAUGCGAUAAGAGCUCUUGAAGGUCAUCAGACACCCCCAGGUGUUGGUCAUAUUUGGUUAUACGGUGUUGGUUGCACAGGAAUAGAACAAAACCUGACCAGUUGCUCUUAUUCCGACUGGGGAAAGGGAGAUACAUGGUGCACACACGAAGAAGACGCUGGGGUAGAAUGCAGUACAGGCGAGAAUGACUACUUCCAUGUGUUUUUGUUGUUGAAUAAUAAUGAAUACGAUGUGAUUAUCACGACAAAUUUCCAGGGUCAGCUCGAAAAUUUUCAUCUCAAACAAAAAGAAAGAAUGGUGAAAACGAAGAGAUCGAAUAGAAAAGAAUCGUUGGCGGUUAGUGCAGUCGACGCUGAUAGGAGGCAAAAGGUUAACAUCAAUGGACAAUCUGUUGUUUAUCUGGAAUCAACGAUUGAAGCAUUGUUGUCCUUGAACGUUCUUAUCAUCCGUGCGCCGUAAUCCAAGAAACGAAAUAUUGCAAGAAAGGGAGCAACUCCACAAUACCUAUAUACUCUUUAUUACUUAAGAAGUAAAUAUUUGUUCGAAGAAUGAAUACUUUACUGGCUGCAGCAAUUAUAAAAGGACAAACUUGUAUAGCCUGUAGAAUGUCAUUGGGGUUAAAAAUUCUAAUUUUGAAUGUUGGUUUAA